UUCAUCUGUCUCCUUCCUACUAACUCUCUCCUUUAUGCGGGAUCAUGAAACAUUUGAGAUGCGUGAGCUACCAUUUUCUGUGAAGAGAAUGCAUUCAAAGACAAUACGAGCGUUUACUGUGGUUCUCUCAAGGGUUUAUGUCCAUUUAUCGUCAUGCUUCCAACAUGAGUAGGAGGAAAGACUGUCGAAAUCCUCCUCUCUGUUCACUGCUUGUGUGAUUUUGCCAUUUAAUUCCUUGCUCUUCUCGUCUGCGUCUUAUCCUCCACUGCUCAGCUCCUCCCAUUUGCUCAGAUUACCCACACAUCUGGCUUCUUUGGUUUUUCUCCAAAAACUGAAUACUGCAGAAGCCUGAGGGGGAAAGUAAGGGGAGCAAGAAAGAGGAUAUGUGAAGAAAAGGGAGUGGAAAAUAUUAUAAAAGAAAGGCGAAGGGAGAGAAAAAGGGAGCAAGGUCACAGUAUGGCGCUGUUCCCAUUUUGCAAGACGUCCGCAGGACCAGUCAGAGUGACCAGAAUACAGCUGGUCCUGUACUGUUUUCUCCUGUCUCUUAUCAUAUACUUCCUACAUGGACGUAAAGCCGCUGUCAGUGUGAAGCCACCUCAUCCUAUCUUUCACGCCUUGGGAAUGGACAAGGGAAAAAAAAUGGCAGACAUGAUGAUUUUAAAGGCAGCGGGGCAGCAAGUUCCUCUGGAGACUCCAUGGGGUACUGCUUUAGUGUGGGGCGACAGUCGUAAUUCAGCUUUGCAAAGGGCUAAAUUUGCAGAGCAGGGAAUCCGUACAGGUCUGCUAGCCGUCACGGUGGGAACUUAUGCCAAGUUCAUUAAACGUUUCCUCUCUUCAGCUGAAACCUACUUUCUCCCUGGUCAGAUGGUCACCUACUACAUUCUCACAGAUAACCCCCGUUCUCUGGAUCCCCCCAUUGAGCUGGGGCCUGAUCGACAGUUGAAGGUGGUUCCAGUUGCAGAGCUCCCUGGGUGGGACAGGCUGGCCCAUCGCCGGAUGACCCUGAUUGCUGAUGCCAUCAGAAACCCAAUCAGAAACGAGGUGGAAUACAUAUUCUGCGCUGACAUCGAUCAGGAGUUUGUAGCCCCUAUAGGGCAUGAAAUCCUAGGAGACCUGGUGGCCACGCUGCACCCAGAGCUCUACGGGAUGCCACGAAAUGCAUUUCCUUACGAGGUUGAAAAGGCCUCAUCGGCUUACGUGGAAGAAGAUGAGGGAGACUACUACUACACCUCUGAGUUCUAUGGAGGGUUGGUUUCUGAGAUGCACAAACUGGCUCGGACCUGUUCCUUGCUCAUUCUGCAGGACCAGGCUAAUAGGAUAAGGGCCAGGGGCCUCGAGGAGAGCUACCUGAACCGCUACCUGAUCAACCACAGGCCGACCUGUGUGCUAUCACCAGAGUACAGCUGGUGGGACUCGGCCCUGGCUGCUGAUGUGCCUGUACAUAGGCUGGUCUCCUUGGGAAGGCACUGUGAGUCUUUAGAUAAGCAGGAGAGAGAGCAACACAAAUGUUGAGUCAAUGUGAAAGGAGGGUUUUUCUGGCUGAACCCACUGAAAUGUGGGUGUAUGUCCCACUGCCACAUGAAAAUCUAUGGUUUUUAGUCUUAAAUUUCCUUUUGGGGAGGUGUUGUUCUAAUGUUGGCACACUCGUUAUUCCAUUAACAAUUCCAAAUUUCCAGUUUAUUUUUUUUGUUCACCAAUGAAUGUCAUUUACAACUCCCCCAGAAUAAAACUGCACAAUCUGCUCUCAAUUAAAGACCCAUAUGUGUGAACAGCAUCUCUGCAUGUCUCUUAUCUCCUCCACAGCAGACAAAAAAAGAAAUUGACCUGUCCCUUUAAACGAAGCACUGUGCUCUCCAUUAAUGUCAGCCUCGGAGAUACUGCUCCAGCUUCUUUGUGGUCAGCAGCGAUAAGAGUCAACAGUGUAAGUGCACACUUUCCCCCACAGUGGCCAAUCAUUAACUGGAAGAGCUGCUGUUUCAAGGUCUUUAAAUACCAAGUGAGGGGAAAAAUGGACAGGAACAGAAUGCAGUUAGAUGUGUAUAAAAGCUACCAUGUUUGAGCUGAAGCAAAAUCCAAAACUGUUCUGGAAUUGGGUGAGACUGGUUUAGAAUGUACUGAAGUAAGUUUUCAUUAAAACUGUUUCCCCCGUCUAUGCAUUGAAGUAAAAGGUAAACUCAAAUGACCUGUUGUUGUUGGUUGUUGUCUGUGAGUCUGUCUGUCUCUCUCCUCCCACACACAAACAGACUCCCACGUUCACACUCUGUUUUCUCUUCCAUGUGUGCUGUGCUGUAAAGGGAGGGUUAAACAGCAGCAGAUGGCUUUUUCUCACUGCCAACAGAAUCUGUCCUCAGGGCCAACUCGCCACGUGGAAUGAAGUUGGAGAUAAACUUCAGAUGAUCCUCUGAAACUAAACUUAAGCUUAUUUGCUUAAGUUCGGGUCUUUUUUGUUCAAAAUUCAAAAAUCAAAAUUACCUCUGUUUGCGACGCGGGUGUGCUUAUUAUCCUUGGACCCAUGUCAAUUCAAAUUGGAGAUGAAUUUCCUAAUUUUCCACAGCAAUUUUGUCUCUAAACACCCUGCUUCCAUGUAACAACAUGAACAUAUACGGUACAAUAUGAUCAGCAGAUGCUCCGAAACAGUUGCUGUGGUUUUGUUAUGAAUGCCUGACUCACAAAUAAACUAAACUAGAACUCUGUUAUACCCAGGCUACUUGAUCCAUGUUGAGUGUGUCUUUUCAUGCCCUAAUGCAAAGCAGUUUAAAGAAUUAUUGCCCUAAUCCCUGUCAUGUGGGUCACUGGUGGUCAAGGACCCCGUUGCUGCAGCG